CAAGUAAACCAAUGUGUUUAGGGAAUCCUCUUGUUCCAACAAUCAGUCAACAUGGAGACCUGGUUCAUCAUGCUAUUGCUAAUCACCGUUUGCAUCACAGCCCUCCUCAACCUUCUGAUCAUUCCCAAGAAAACCUCCAAAACCCUACAGCUCCCUCCGGGACCCUUCACCGUCCCCAUCCUCAGCAACUUCCUAUGGCUCCUAAAAUCCUCCUCCGAGCGCGAGGUCAUGGUCCGCAACCUCCACGCCACGUACGGGCCCAUAUUCACCCUCCGCGUCGGCUCGAGUCCGGCCAUAAUCGUCGCAAACCGAGGCCUAGCCCACAAAGCCCUCGUCCAGAACGGCGCAGUAUUCGCCGACCGCCCCCCCGCCCUCCUCAUCUCCAAGAUGUUUACCAGCAACCAGCACGACAUCAGCUCGGCUUUCUACGGCCCCACGUGGCGCAUCCUCCGCCGCAACCUCACCUCCGAGAUCCUCCACCCUUCGCGACUCAAGUCCUACACUCGAGCGCGCAAGUGGGUCUUGGACAUCCUUAUGAACCACCUUAUAUCUCACUCCACGACGGAGUCCAGCAACGUUAACCCUGUCGUCGUGAUUGACCAUUUCCAAUACGCUAUGUUUUGCUUGCUGGUCCUCAUGUGCUUCGGGGACAAGCUUCGCGAGACCCAGAUAAAAGAAAUCGAAGACGUCCAUCGUCACAUGCUUUUGAGGGCUGAACGUUUUAACAUACUUAACUUUUGGCCUAUGCUUGGAAAGAUAAUAUUCCGAAAGCGUUGGGAGGAGUUCUACAAUAUUAUCGGACACCGGAUAGCUGUACUAAUGCCUUUGAUAGAAGCGAGGAAGAAAGUGAAGCAGGAAAGAUUAAGCAAGGCAAGAGAGGACGCCCAGCUGCAACAAGACAAAGAUGAUGACGACUUUGUUUGGUCGUACGUGGACACGUUGUUGAAUUUGGAGUUGCCGGAGGAGAAGAGGAAGCUUGACGACGGGGAAAUGAUUAGCUUGUGCUCGGAGUUUCUUAGCGCCGGCACGGACACUACGUCCACGGCGUUGCAGUGGAUCAUGGCGAAUUUGGUGAAAUACCCACACGUCCAAGAGAGGGUUUUGGCAGAGAUUAAAGGGGUUGUUGUGGGGGAUGGAGAGAAGGAGGUGAAGGAGGAGGAUUUGCAUAAGUUGCCGUAUUUGAAGGCAGUGGUUUUGGAGGGUUUAAGGCGGCACCCACCUGGGCACUUUUUGUUGCCACAUGCGGUGACAGAGGAUGUGGUUUUGGACGGCUACUUGGUGCCCAAGAAUGCCAAUUUGAAUUUCAUGGUGGCGGAUGUGGGUUGGGACCCCAAGGUGUGGGAGGAUCCGAUGGCGUUCAAGCCUGAGAGAUUCUUGAGUGGGGGUGAUGGUGGAGGAGGGGAAGUGUUUGAUAUAACGGGAAACAGGGAGAUAAAGAUGAUGCCUUUUGGGGCAGGGAGGAGAAUUUGUCCUGCGUCUGGUUUCGCAAUGCUUCAUUUGGAGUAUUUUGUAGCCAAUUUGGUAUGGAAUUUUGAUUGGAAAGCUGUGGAUGGAGAUGAGAUUGAUUUGUCAGAGAAGCAGGAGUUCACCAUGGUGAUGAAGUAUCCAUUGAAGGCCCAACUAUCUCCCAGGUUUUGAAUCAAACUCUACAGCUAUAAUAAAUGAAUUGAAGUCCGUGUGUGCCUCUGGCUCACGGUGUUUUUCUGUUUUGUAUAUAAUAUAUAUGCUUGUGAACCUUAAUUGGAUCGACUCUCUCAAUAAACCUAUGUUAGUCCUAUUUACUA